GAGCCCCCUGAGCCAGUAGCUUAAGGACCUCAGGGUCCACUAAAGGCAUCAGGAUGGACGCCCCCACCACAGAACUGCCCCAAGGGACUUUCCCUAGCCCUGGCACCAUGAGCUAUGGAGACGAGCUGACUCCUGAAGCUCUGAGUGUGCCAAGUGGCUAUGAUGAUCUGAUCACCUCCACCACCUCCCAGUUGUUUCAGGCCAUUUCCAAUGCUGCAUCUGCGGUGGGGGGCACUGGCCGCAACGGCAUGGUGGAUAAGCUGCCAGGCCACAUGCCAAACACAGGUGACCUGGCCGACACAUCAGGUCCCCUAGAUUUGGAAACUGUAUCUCAGGAUGAGCAGGUACAGUUCUGGCUAAUGAUAGGGUACACCAUAGUGGUCUUUGCUGCCAUCGUAGGAAACUGGGUCUUAAACCAUAUAAUUAUGAAGUACAAGAGGGUACACUCUGCCACCGGCCUCUUCGUUGUCAACAUUUCUGUGACCAACAUGAUGCUCGCUCUUCUCAGCUCUCCCUUCACUAUGGUGCGCUAUCUGUGUAAUUCCUUGGUGUUUGGAAAGAUGACAUGCCACCUCAGUCGCUUUGCCCAGUACUCUUGUGCCUAUGUAACUGUGAUGAGCAUGGCUGCUAUUUCCCUGGACCGACAUCGGGUGAUGCUCUAUCCCCUGAAGGCCCGGAUUAGUCCCAUGCAAGGCAAUGUUUGCAUCAUUAUCAUCUGGAUUGUGAGCACCUGUGCUGCUUUGCCACAUGCCAUUUACCAGAAGCUUUAUGAAGUGGAGAUUGGAAACAUAACUGAGGAAACUGCCUGCCUCCCCAGUUUCCCAUAUACUUCAGAGUCCACAUGGAAAUACAUUGACCUGAGCACCUUUCUGCUCUUCUUCAUCUUGCCAUUGAUGGUGCUGGUGGGUGUCUAUGGUCAUGUGGCCAAAAAGCUAUGGAUCCAUGAUGCUGUCGAUGACAUCAAUAUCCACACUUACAUCUGCCAGCGUGGGAAGAAGAAGCAGACCCUAAAGAUGCUGAUGACAGUGGUGCUCCUCUAUACAAUCAGCUGGCUCCCCCUCAACCUCUAUCUGGUGCUGCUAUCCAGCGAAUCCAUCUCAAGCCACAAUGGUCUCUACUUUUUUCUCCACUGGCUUGCAAUUAGUAGUUCCUGCUACAACCCCUACAUCUAUUGCUGGCUCAGUGACAGCUUCCGGAUCGAAGUUCAGAAGGUUAUCAUGGAAAUCCAGAAGAUGCUGCUAGACAGAAUCAGCCGCCUCAGGGGAGAACACCGCCGACUGAGCUCUGUAUCACCUACCCAACGCCCUGCCUGGGUAAAUCCCAAUCCAGGAGUGCCAAAAUUCCCACACUUCAAAGAUUUCGAUGAACUGCCCAGUCCCCCUCCGUCCCCAGCAGUGGAAAUCUCCUUUCUCUACUCAGUGCCUAGAGUUUAAGCUGCCCAGACCGCGAUUGAUUAUCAAUUCUCAAAAUAUCCAAGGUAUAAUAGGACCAAAAUAAACUAAGAUUCAUUCAUUUCUCAUGAGUAUAUGUAGAAGGAAAGAUUAGUACUGGAGGUAUAGGGAUUGUGA